UUCUCUGUUGGUGUUUGUCAUGUAGACAAAUCCUUAGGGUUAUUUUUUUAAACGCCACGGCUUCAGUUGCGUUCUCUGCCAAUCAAAAAGUUCCCACUUGUGUGUUGAGUGUGUUGCUUUGACAAUAGUUAAUGGUACUCAUUCAUGCUCAGCUAUGAUUGGGUAAAGUGUGACGAGAGUUUGACCAGACCAGCAGGAACACACGAGUGUGAAGGAUCUCAGGAGAAAAAGUUCACUGUAGCAUUUUUUUUCUUUCUGUAUUUAUUGAUUUAGCGACCGGUUGCCACUGGGUGGCAGCGUUGGAUUCAAAUGGAAACGUUAACCGUUAGAGCUGAAGCCAUCAGUCAAUCGCUUCUCAACAAACGUCAUGUCAGAUUAGAAUGUUAAGGAUUUAUUUUUGUAUUUUAAAACAAAAACAGCACGUUGAUUUCAGGCAUUUUCUGUUUGUAUAUGAUGAAAUACCUUAAUAAUAACAUGAACAUAACAUAAUAAUAACUUAAUAACAAGUGUUUUAAAUUCCACAUUGACUUGUCAGUGUCUGCAGACUUAAUAAUCCUUCAGGUUUCUGCACAUGCUUUAAAAUCUGCUUAUAGACAGACAUAGCAUGGCAUUGAACAGUACAAAUGUACUCCCUCAUCGUCCACCGCAGACUUCCUCUACGCUUUUGUUUAUGGCAGUACUGAUGCAGUAAACAUAUGUGGAAGUGCAUAAGAAGACCUGUAAAAACAUUUAUGCAAUGUGUGACAUGUGACAUUUGAUUAUAAAAAAGUCACUUUUGGGAUGCAUGUAAAUCAACCAUUUUUUAUGCUGCUUGGUUUAGUUCGUUUUAGGUUUUAACGGUGUCUCUGCCUCCUUUGAGAGUAAUCACCUGCUGGGAAAGACCCAGAAAUGCCACUCACUUGCAGAAUCAAUUUAAAAAAAAGAGAGAGAGUAAAAUUCAACCAUGGGAAGCAUCCCUGCAGAUUAGCACAGAAUAGAAUUACAACAUAGAUUAUUUUUCUAUGAUUCUUUAAAUAUUUCAUGGAAAAUCCCUGCAUCUUCAACAUGAACUAAAACUCAAUCGGUGUAUCUUUACUUGAUGCUUUAAAUAUUUUGUUUUGUAACUUAGGGAAAAGUUCAGUGACUCAGAUGAGUGUUAUUUUGUGAGUCAUGUGAGGUUCUACACCUUCAGGAAGAGCUGAGAAUGUGCUGUAGAAGAGGUGGAGGAACCAAUUACAUCCCACUGGUGUCACAGUGAUGACAGGCGUUCAAGACACUGAGGCUUAUGCGAUCAUAACGCAAAAUAAUAAAACAAAAAUAAAGAAAAAUGUAGAUACAACUUUUCUUUGCACUGAAGUAAAUUUAGCCUUGAUGUAUAUAAAAUUACCUUUUUUUCUCCAAAUUGCAAUAUUUUGCUGUACAUGACAUUGUUUAUGUUCAUCCGUCUUCCUAGAAAUUUAUCUCUGCUGUACACUGUGACAGUUAUUUGCAUUUGUGUGAUUUCUAUCUCCUGGUUUGUCGUCUUGAUCUUAAAUCAACUGUUUUUAUACCAUGUAUUUAUUGUCUUCUGCCUGUUUCUUGUUCUUGGUGUGAAGGAAAACGAUUAUUUCAUACAAAGACUUUUUGCCUGCUGUAUUAUUAUUUUUUUCAGAAGCAGAAAUACAAUAAACCCUUCACCUUCAUGAUUAUUAACUGUGGCGUGUGUGUGUGUGUGUGUGUCUAUGUUAAUCAGUACUUCAGAAGUGUAGCUACUGCUGAGAGCAAAAUUAUUAUUUUUUUUUAGUGAAAUACUAUUGACACUAACUAUAGUUUGUAGCUACUCGAUGUCUGGGAAACAUUUGCAUUUGUUUCACUAAAAGUUGAAACCACAUGGUCUGAUGUCUGCUUUCACACACACACACAGAUUUGACUGGUAAAUAUCGCAUCUAAAAACGGACGGCCGCACGUACAUAAAUGUACUUUAUUACCCACGAGUCCAUGUUGACUUCACUGUUAUGUUUGCAUUAAAGGAGUUUCAUUUACCUCUAACAAAUGACUUGUUUUAUGACUUAUUUCCAGACGAGCAGGUAAAUGUGACACCUUUCACAUUUUUAGACUAGAAGCCACCACUACAUUACAACACAUUUGUUGUGUAUUGUAUUGGGUCAUGAUGAAGGAGUGGGUCUGACUCCUGCACCUCCCUCUUCAGUCUGUUUUUUUGGUAGCCCUCAGAGGAAAAGGAAAAACCCCAGCUGAGCUGAAACCUGAACGCCAACAUUUGAUGGUUGGCAGUUGAGUAGCUUCUCUACAGAUUUCUCCGUUCUCCACCAUGCCUGUUUACAGAGUGACUAUUGCUACAGGGAGCCAGUGGUUUGCAGGUACAGACGACUAUAUCUACAUUACCCUGGUGGGAUCGGAGCACUGCAGUGAGAGGAAGCUGCUGGAUAAACCUCUGUACAACGACUUUGAGAGAGGGGCGGUGGACACCUAUGAUGUGAAAGCUGAUGAAGACCUGGGUGAGAUUGUGCUGUUGAAGAUUGAGAAGAAAAAGUACUGGGUAUACGACGACUGGUACUGCAGGUACAUCACUAUCAAGACCCCAUCUGGAGACUACCAGGAGUUCCCCUGUUUCCGCUGGCUGGUGGAUGACAAAGAGGUGGUGCUGUGCGAUGGACGAGCACGUCUACCUCAGGAUGACAAGACCAGCAUCAUGAAACAGCACAGACACAAAGAGCUGGAGCUGAGGAAGAAGAACUACAGGUGGAGGGAGUGGCAGCCAGGCUUCCCCAUGAGCAUCGAUGCUAACAGACACAAGGAUUUACCCAGAGACAUCCAGUUUGACACUGAGAAAGGAGUGGAUUUUGUAUUGAACUAUGCUAAAGCAAUAGAGAAUUUGUGCAUGAACCAGUUUAUGCACAAAUUCCAGAGCUCGUGGUCUGACUUUUCCGACUUUGAGAAGAUCUUUGUGAGAAUCAAAAACACAAUUUCAGAGUAUGUGAUGAAACACUGGAAGGAGGACUUCAUGUUUGGAUACCAGUUUCUGAACGGCUGUAACCCUGUGGUCAUCAAAAAGUGCACCAAGCUUCCUGACAAGUUCCCUGUCACUGAUGCGAUGGUUGCUGUCAGUCUGGAGAGAGAGUUGACCCUGGAGCAGGAGAUAGAGGCUGGUAAUGUCUACAUCGCGGACUAUGAGGUGUUGGACGGCGUCUCUGCCAACAGUACCGACCCCAACACGACGCAGUACAUAGCAGCACCAAUAUGUCUGCUCUACAAGAACGCCCUGAACAAGAUCAUGCCCAUCGCCAUCCAGCUUGGACAAACUCCUGGUGAGGACACGCCCAUCUUCCUGCCCACCGACUGUCAGUACGACUGGCUGCUGGCUAAGAUCUGGGUUCGUUCGGCUGACUUCCAUUACCACCAGACUAUCACACACCUGCUGAGGACGCACCUGAUGAUGGAGGUGUUCGCCAUCGCCAUCAACAGGCAGCUGCCGGCGGUUCACCCAGCGUACAAGCUGCUCCUCCCACACGUUCGCUUCACUAUGGCCAUCAACACCAAGGCCAGAGAGCAGCUCAUCAACGAGCGGGGCAUCUUUGACAAGGCCAAUGCCACAGGGGGAGGAGGUCAUGUUCAGCUGGUGCAGAAGUCCAUGAGGUCUCUGACCUUCAGGUCCCUGUGCUUCCCUGAUGCCAUUAAGGCCCGGGGCUUGGAGAACAGGGAGGAGCUGCCCACCUUCUUCUACAGAGACGAUGGCUGCAGCGUGUGGGAGGCCAUCAAAGAGUUCGUGACUGAUGUGGUGCAGAUUUAUUACAGCAGUGACGACACGGUGCAGGAAGACGAGGAGAUCCAGGCCUUCGUCAAAGAUGUGUGCAGCUUUGGAAUGCAGGACUUGGAUAACUCUGAUUUCCCCAAAUUGUUGAAAUCACGUGAGGAGCUGAUCGAGUACCUGACCAUCAUUAUCUUCACCGCUUCAGCACAACACGCAUCGAUCAACUUUGGGCAGUACGACUGGUAUUCUUGGAUCCCCAACGCCCCAUCUACAAUGCGGAUGCCCCCACCCAACAAGAAGGGCAUGGCAGAUGUGAACUUUAUCGUCAAGAGUCUUCCCGAUCGUGGACGUUCCAGCUGGCACCUGGGUGCUGUGUGGGCCCUGAGCCAGUACCAGGAAAAUGAGUUGUAUUUGGGCAUGUAUCCUGAUGAGCACUUCAUUGAGAAACCAGUGAAGAUGGCAAUGCAGAAGUUCAGAAAACAUCUGGCAGAGAUCACCAGCGCCAUCAAGAGGAGGAACGAGGGGAAGAAGCUGCCGUACUACAACAUGUGCCCCGACAGGAUACCCAACAGUGUCGCUACAUGAGGCAUAAAUCUGAGCUGAUCUUCACACGUCACUGGAGUCUUUUUAAUGUUUUAAAACAAAAUACUUUUUAUUUUUAUUUCAGAGUUUAUAAAAAUAUUGCGGUUUUUAGCUUCUGCAGUAUAAAUCUCUCUUCAUACUUUUCACUCAUACUGCUGUUUAGAUGUUGUUGGGGUUUUUUUUGUAUAUUUUCUAUCCUGCUUCUAAAUUUAAAUUGUCAAAAAUAUUUGUUUACUUUAUAAUAUUACAGAAAUGUGUUUUAUGUGCAUACAGAGCAGAUCAACUAUUUUAGUUAUUUAGACCAAAGGAGAAAACUUUUGAUUUUACUGAACAUAAUAAUACUACAUAGAUACUAGUAGGUUGUAGUUCUUUCCAUUGUCGCCGUAUUAAAAAAGAACCGGCU